UAGCGAAAAUAGAAAAACAAAUCAGCUCACCAAAUUUGUGCUCUACCUAAAGCUAGCAGUUUUCCAAAUAAAACAUACGCAAAAGUGACCCAAAUAGUGUGUAAGACCAAAGUUUUCCAUUUGCAGAUAAUGAACGUAGAGGAAACGCACCUCGCCAGCAUCUAGCAUUCACCCGCUGCGGGACAACUUUGCUGCCCGUGCCUGUCGUCGUAGUGCUUCCUCGCACGCAAGAAGAGGAAGAAACAGCAAACCUAAACAGCAGGUUGUGUGUGGGUUUGUGCAAAGAAAAACACUCCCCGGGGGAUGCAAUAGGAGGGGCACAGCGGAACCGCGGCCACAACCAUGAGCAUACCGAGAAUAAUGGUCUUUCGGCCAACGUGGGAAGAGUUCCAGGACUUUCCGGCCUACAUCGACUACAUGGAGUCGAAGGGAGCUCACAAGGCGGGUCUGGUGAAGGUCGUCCCGCCACCGGAAUGGGUCCCGCGCAAGCAGGGAUACGAUAUUAAAAACAUUAACAUCAACAUCCGCACGCCCAUCUCGCAGGUGGCGUCGGGUAUGCAGGGUGCCUACCAGCAGAUCAACAUCCAGAAGCGCGCGAUGACGGUGCAGGAGUUUUACGAGAAAACGAAGGAGGAAAGACACGCGACCCCGAAACACUUUGACUAUGCCGAUAUUGAGAAGAAGUUUUGGAAAAACAUAACGUACGUCGCCCCGAUCUACGGCGCGGAUGUACCGGGCAGCCUGACCGACCCCGAGGUGAAGGUGUGGAACAUCAACUGUCUCGGCACCAUACUGGACUACGUGAACGCGGACUACAACAUAUCGAUUGCAGGCGUCAACACGGCGUACCUGUACUUUGGCAUGUGGAAAACGACCUUCGCCUGGCACACGGAGGAUAUGGAUCUGUACUCCAUCAACUAUCUGCACUUCGGGGCACCGAAGACGUGGUACGCGAUUCCGCCCGAGCACGGUCGCAAGCUGGAGAAGCUGGCGGAGCGCAUGUUUCCCGCCAACUACCAGGAGUGCAAAGCGUUCCUGCGCCACAAGAUGACGCUGAUCAGCACGCAGGUGCUGAAGGCGAACAACAUCCCGUUCAACAAGAUCACCCAGGAGCCGGGCGAAAUCAUGAUUACCUUUCCGUACGGGUAUCAUGCCGGGUUUAACCAUGGAUUUAACUGUGCGGAAUCGACCAACUUCGCGACGGAGCGGUGGAUCGAGUACGGGAAGCGGGCGUCGGUGUGCAACUGCCGUCCCGAUAUGGUGAAAAUUUCGAUGGAAACGUUCGUGCGCCGCUUCCAGCCCGAGUGCUAUGAGCGGUGGUUACGCGGGGAAGACUACGGCUACCAUCCGGAGGAUCCGACCAACUACUGUGCCGCCCCGAAACCGAUGCUGCCGAAGAACUUUAAAAGCAAAUGUACCACCGAUACCACCGUUCCACAGAAGCGUGGCUGUGCGCCGGUCAAGAUGGACAAAAAGAAGGUAGUGAAAAAGACGAGCGAAAAGGCAAAAGAUAGACUGAAAUCCGUCUGGAGCAAGCUGGAGGGCAGGGAGUGUGGCGUUGCGACCGAUCUGCUGAUCGAUGGGCCGGUCAAAAGUGGCACCAAGCUGCGCUUCCACACACGAACGAUCGAUCUGAUCAACGAUAAUGCCGUUUAGUGGAUCGCACGGGACAACAAACACUCACCCGUUGCUUCGUCCCCGGAUCCUAUACUACUAGUGCACUGCUAACGGGACCACCGGAAGGUUUGAAAGUUAGUUUUGCACCACACCACACAUAUACUCUCUCGCUCUCUUUAGCAUUAACCUGCGAGAGAGGAGAGAUAGUGAAAGCGGAGUAGAAAGGCAGGCAGUGUGCAGCAGUUCUGGCCGGAAUGCAAACGAAAUUCGAAUGCAUUACUAGUGGCCCUAGACGCACACUCACCCUAUACGCCUGGCCGUUUCCGCUGUGCAAUUAAUCGAUAGUUAGGUAAAUGUUUUUUUUUGUGUUUUGUAGUAUUCGUAUUUUGGGCGACGUGUUUGAAUCGUUCGCGACACUCCAUCCCCCGCCCGUUUGCUAGACAAAGCAGAUCUCACAACGGAUUAUUACCCACCUGCCCGAACUCUGUUGUACACCGCACCGGGCAGUGAUUGUGCGAUUGAUGGUGUGUGUGUGUGCGUGCGUGUGUUGACGUGCUUGUAUGUGUGUAUUUUCCCUAAGAUGUUUUUUUUAUUACUUUAUUUAACCCACAUCCUUAAACUGUGCAUCGCGAAGCGCAUACUAACUCAUUAGUCAACAGUCAACAGUUCUGUUCAGUGAAGAUUAGAAUGCGCAACGUGUAUCAUGCAGACAUUAUGAUACAGCUAUAUUUUAGAAACGAUUUCCGUUCAGUAGUAGUACAUUGUGUAAUAGUGUGAUUUUAAAAGCAAAA